AGUCUUGUGGCCGACACCGCGCAUGCGCCGUCUCGACUAAAAUGGCAGUUGAUAAAAAAAAGCGGGAAAUGAAAAUUUACAAUUUACGUAAACAAAUCAGCUUAAGUUGUUUAGCAAAUAAAUAAUCUAGACUUUUUUAAAUGAUAACCAAAGAUAUGUAAUAUAAUUUAUAUGUAAUUUAAGGAACAUCACAAAAUGUGGGCGAAUAUAAUUCAUGUGAAAAUUGUGAUAAUAUGCUUAGUGAUAUUAAUGUUGGUUUAUUGUGAUUGUAAUGUUAAAAAGGGCGCAAAAAUAAGAUUUAAGAAAAACGGUGAUAUAGAUAAGCGGAAGAAUACUUCAAUUAAAAAUAAAGCGAAUGACACCUUUAAAAAUGACGCAAGAGGAUUUUUUGGUGGCAGCCUCUUCUCCUUCAGUAAGGUGCUAAACUUCUUCCCGGUGGGCGGGGAGAGAGAGUGCCAGCCGACUGGUUUUAACAUUGCCAAAGCCGGCAUUUGUCUCAAUGCCUACGACUGCAGACAGCGCGACGGGCGAGCUGCCGGGGACUGCGCUCAUGGACUCGGAGUUUGCUGCGUUUUUGAGGUAACCUGCGGUGGGGUCGUCCAAAAUAACCUGACGUACUUCAUGUCCCCCGAGUUCCCUGAGCUGUGGAGUGGUGAGGAGGAUUGCAACAUCACUAUAGACAAGGCUUUCGCCGGCAUCAUGCAGUUGAGGAUUGAUUUCGUACAUUUCACUAUCGGUCAACCCAAUAGGACAACUGGGGAGUGCGACGAGGACGCUAUGAUAUUAGGGGACGGGGAAACGAAAUUUGUUUUGUGCGGACAGAAUCCUGGACAGCAUUUUUACUACACACUAUCCAGCAACAGCGAGAGAAGGGAAGCAGGGGACUUGGCUGGAAGUAAGUCUACGCAGCUAUCGAUGAGAAUGCGGGCGUUGGAUACUCCAAGGUUAUGGCUGAUGAGGCUCGCACAAAUGCCACUGGCUAAUUCAGCUCCGCACGACUGUCUUCAAUACUACACUGAAAACAAUGGCACAAUAAAGACAUUUAACUACGCCAAGAACGGCCGCCACCUCGCCGACCACGAGUACCGCUCCUGCGUCAGGAGGAACUCCGGGUUCUGUUCCAUCAGAUACGCGCCUUGCAACGAGCACUCCUUCAGGAUAGGGCCCAGGGGGAACAGACCGGGACCCACGGAACCUACGGCUACAGAACCCGAUGAAGUGAUGCCAGCAGAAGACAAUCAAAGCGAGGAAGAUGAUCUAGAAGGUUCUGGGAUGGAUCCGCAAAUAGAAGCAUCUCCUCCAGUGACAAGACCUAACACAUUGUCUAGGAUCUGGAGUUAUAUCUGGUCUUGGAUGUGGGGACAGACUGGACGAGCCCACAUCCGCUGGUCUCCGUACACCCAGUACCUCAAUGAAGAUGACAAAAUCCGUUAUUUCGGCUACGGUACUUUCGGGAUAGGCCUCAAAGGCUUCGGGAGGCAGAGGUGCGAAGACAGGAUCACUGUGCCCUGCGAGAAUGAGUAUUUCGUUUCGAGCAGCGCGUGGGGCGGCGGGGUAUGCGACCCGCACCACUGCGGCGGCUCGUUCUGCCCGGGGCUCCCGGCGGCGCGGUGCUGGGUGGAGACGUCCAGCACGCCGUUCGCGGUCUCCGUGCACCUCGGGCCGCCGACACCCAAACUCAGCCCCGAGGAUAACAUCGGCGCCUGCCUCAGGUACGUCCAGCUGCCUUGCGACGCCUAGACCCAAGCGCCUAGACUUGGACGAAGGAACGUAGCUCGGAUACUUGUCUCGCAGCUCGAAAUAGAGGUGGGCCAUUUUAUUUCGACCCCAAAAAGGCGAUUGUGGUACAUGCAUACCUCGAGAUUGUGGCUUAACCUUGAAGAAUCACUGGAGUUUGGUUUCAAAGGAGCUCCAAUCUAUUAUCAGGACUUGCAGAUAUUCUCGACAAUUGCAGAAACUUGACAAUUUGGAGUUUUUUGUUAUUACGAAAUUUAAACGUAGUGGACAGUCAUGUGGAACAGAUCAGAACAGAGUGGAAUAUGGCCCUUGAAUUGCCGAAGACGACAGAAAUCGGACGUAGUUACAGAAGAAGCUUGUACCAAGCAUCGUAACGGUUGAUGAGAAGGAAGAAGACUCAGGCAACAAAGACUAUAUAUCAAAGAAUACUAUUCCGUCCUCGUUUCUUUGGUCCGGUAGAACUCACCUUCUCUUUUUGGGGAGCAACAGCUGUGGCUGUUUAAUCUUCAAAUGAAGGGACAAGCCACGUCCUAAAAUUGUGUACAUAAAUCGUAAAGAGGGCCAAUAUGAAAUGAAGAUUAUGUUGCGACUUACUAGCUGCAUCCGCAGGUCUAAGUUCGUUGGUUGAAGCCUCGUGAUCAUGUGGAUCUCGUUAUUGGGUGGCCGGUAUUCAAAUAUUAGAAAUGUUAUUUAGCUAUUUCAUGAACGACUUAUUCAGUCGUAAAGUUUUGUACAAUAUUGUCCUGCGAUACCCGUAGGAAAUUUGUUCAAAGGCUAUUCAAUGCGGACCGCUUCUUUAAAAUAAGUGCCAUUUAAUUUAAAUUCUAUUUAUAUGAUUUAUUUUUAAUUUAUCUAUUCCUUAUGGUUCUGAAGGUUCUUUUAAGCCAGAAAAAGGUGUGCGACAGGGGUGCAUACUUUCUCCUAUUCUUUUCAAUGUGUAUGGAGAAUAUGUAAUGAGGAAAGCCUUAGAGGAGUGGGAGGGGGGCAUCUCAGUCGGUGGCAUAAAAAUUAGCAAUCUGAGAUAUGCGGACGAUACCACGCUUUUCGCGUCAUCUGAGAAGGAACUUGCUGACCUAUUCCGUAGAGUGGAGUAUGAGAGUAGUUUAGUGGGGCUCUCCGUUAAUAAGUCCAAAACAAAGGUCAUGAUAGUGGACAGAACCAGUCAACUCUCUAGAACUGGAGAGCUAUCAGAUCUAGAAUUUGUCAGCGAGUUCAUAUACCUCGGGUCCUUACUGACCGACCGCGGAGGCAGUGAGGGAGAGAUAAGGAGGAGGACGCAGAUGGCCAAAACAGCGAUGACCAAGCUCAAACGAAUAUGGCAAAAUCGCAAAGUCUCCAACGUCACGAAAAUGAGACUCGUCCGAACCUUAGUUUUCUCCAUCUUUCUCUACGGGGCAGAGUCCUGGACAAUUAAGGCAUCCGAGCGCAAGAAAAUAAACGCAUUUGAAAUGUGGUGCUGGAGACGAAUGCUCCGAAUUCCGUGGACGGCCAAGAGGACAAAUAAAUCUAUCCUGGAUCAGCUUCGCAUCCGAGUCAGGCUCUCAACAAUCUGUUACCAGAGGAUCCUCAGCUACUUCGGUCAUAUUGCCCGCCGACAGUCAGAUAACUUGGACAAAGUGAUUGUGACGGGCAAAGUAGAAGGAAAGAGACCCCGCGGCCGAUUACCUAGCCGUUGGUGUGAUCAAGUAACCGCUCUAACUGGGUUGCCAGUCGCAACCGCCAUUCGAGCAGCUGAGGACCGGACGAGAUGGAAACAGCUCACGAGACAGGCAACGGUCGAGUUUCAGGGACACGACCUUCAGUAA